UAGAUGGCAGUAUAAAGUCACGUGAAUAGUGAAUGUUAAUUUUUGUUUUAUGUAUAUGUAGUUUUAGUUCUCUAUGUGUUUUGUCUCAAUAAAGUUGUGUAAUUAAAACCGGCAUGGUAAGUGAUUAUUUUUCCCGAGAUGAAUAAAUCCUUUUUCAUUUGUGGCGCCAUUACGUGGGGCAGAUGUGGAUGACUCAUGUAAGUGACUUUGAUUUUUGAAUUUGCUUGAAACUUGAAUAGAAUUGAAUUUUGAAUUUGGGAACUUUAGAAUUGAAUUUGAAUAACCAUGUCGGUCAGUGAUAAUGAGACAGAUGAAAUUGAUGAAAACUCGAAGAAAAAAACCAUUCAAAAGAGAACAACAUAUAGAGCAUUAACGACUAAACUGCUUAAUAAAAUAGAAUCCUGUUAUAAAGAUGAAAAUUUAGAUGAUGAGAAUAAAAAUGAAGAACUAAAAACCUUAUACGAUCAAUUGAUUGAAAAAGAAUAUGAGCUUGUAAAACUUAACAUAAAGAUAGAGGCAUUUAUUUCCGUUGACGAAAUUGAAAGGGAAAUAAUUUCGGUUGAUGAAUAUUCGGAGAAAAUUUUAAAAUGGAAAAGUAAAGUUAAACGAAAAAUUGAUAAAAUUAAUGAAGAAACGCAAUCGGUUUCUAGUCACGAAAAUUUACCUCUAAGUUCAUUAAAUAGAACUCCCAUGAUAGAACACAAAAAAUUGAUUUCUUUACCGAAAUUAACUUUGCCUAAAUAUUUUGGAGACCCCUGUUUAUGGCUUGAAUUUUGGGCCCAAUUUGAAGAUGCAGUGCAUAAAAAUACCGAAUUAUCAAAUGUCGAAAAAUUCCAUUACUUAAAAAAUUCGUUGGGUGGUUUGGCAUUAAAUUCUAUUAAGGGUUUUUGUUUGACAGAUUCUAAUUAUGACAAAUGCAUAAAAUUAAUAUCUGAUAGAUUUGGACGAGAGGAUCUUGUAAUUAAUGGUCACAUGACUAAACUCCUUAAUUUAGAACCCGUGAAAAACUCUUCUAAUUUGAGAGCGUUUCGAAAUUUAUAUGAUCAACUUGAAAUUAAUAUUCGUUCCCUUGAAAGUUUGAAGGUCGCAUCUGGUUCGUAUGGCCAGCUUUUGUGUCCCAUAAUUCUAAAACUAUUACCUCCUGAUGUUAGUUUGGGAUAUAACAAAAUAAAAGAAUCUAAAGGUCAGUUUAAUGUAAAUGAAUUAAUGAAGUUUAUCAAAAUCGAAUUAGAAUCGAGAGAAUCGUCAUUACAGCUAACACAACCAAAAAUUGAUUAUUCCCCUCCAUAUCAUCGUUCGGCAAACGAAUCAUACGCGAAAAGAAAUAAUCCGCACACUUCCGCCUUAACUACUAUCAUAAAAGAUAAAAAAUGCAUAUUUUGUUUUAAGGGACACGAUUCUUUAAAUUGUCGCUUAUUAUCACUUUUUGAGAAAAGGGCCAAAUUAAAAAGAGAAGGUCGCUGCUUUAAAUGCUUAUGUAAAGGUCAUUUGAGUGUAGAAUGCCAGGAAAAUGUUCGAUGUAAAAAAUGUGUAGCUCAAAAAGAAAAAAAAAAUGACUUCACUUAA